AGAGAUUCGUGCCCUGGAGAAAGAUUUACAAAUAGACUCGGAUGACACCGACCAGGAUAAACCGCUUUUGGAGCAACAGUCCAAACUUUCCAAGCGAAAGGCUCUACUUAUUGAAAAAGUAUCCGAACUUACAGCAGACUUCCGUGCACUACAAAGUACUGAAAAAGGCCUUUGCGAAUUUUUGGGUUUGGAGCUUCUAAGCGGUUUUCCAACCAUACCAACUGCAUCCGAGAAGGCCGUUUUACAAGCGCGUGUUGAUGAGCUUACGGGAAUCAAGAAUCAAAGAGAACGGGCAUACUUAAGGAUUUCUAACAAAAUCAAAUCCUACGUUGAAUAUCUCGGUGCGGAUUGUUUCUCCGACCUGUCUGACACUGUAGCAAAGUUUACCGUCGUCCUGGAGGCUUGCGGCCAUCUAACUGAAACGUUUAUUAAAGAAGCGGACGAUGCAGAAAAAGAAUGUUUUGAACGGUACCAGACUUUCCGUCGCCGUGAAGAGGAAAUAUAUGACAAAAUAAGCAGCCUGAGAAGCCGUAUGGAAUUAUCACCGUGCAAGAUACCGGAAGAACAGUCGUGUACGGCCGUUUCUCGAAUCCAAUUUGGUCUCACAGAAUAUGACCGUCUAUGUGCAUUACGUCUACAAAAUAUCCAAAAUAUCAUUAGCAAAUGUCAGCUUGAGCUCGAAGAAGUCUGGUCUGCCUGCUAUGUCGAUCGAGAUUAUUGUGCCUCCUUUCGCUCCUCGAUCCCUCCUGACUGUUCGGAGGAAACGUUGUGCAAGCUCGAAACCGAAGUACGUUUUGUUACCAGUUCAAUUGUUCUUACACUUAUAAAAUAUUUCUUUGCCGCUCUAAGCGUUUGGAUCGAUACCAUUGAGAGAAUAAAGGAAAUUGAGAUUAAGAGACAGGACCCGGAAAUUCGGAAAAAUCGAGGUGGAAUACUCUUAAAAUUGGACAAGGAGGACAAGCGGUUGCGCCAGCGGGAUCUUCCACAGCAGGUCACAUUACUUCAGACAUUAACAGAAUUGGCGUGCGCUGGGCCCGACUCUGCUCUUUUUGCUGUUGUGUGCGUCGAGGGUCAGCCAUUGGCAGAUCUUCAUUUGUCCCUCGGAAGCAUGAAAGAAAAUGACUUCAAAAUGGGUACCAAAAUGGACAAAGGGUCAGUUUACCUUCGCAGCCACUUUUUGGUCGGUUUUACGGUUUGCAUAUUUUCGAUCUCAUUUUAUGAAAAAAAAAAUAGCUCAGCCAUUUGUUUGUUUUUAGGCGGAGAGUCCUACGUAAAAUUUAAAUUAGAUUUCAUAGCCCUCAGUGUAGAGAAAAAAUCCGCAAGGUAA